GAAGUCAUUCUUUGGGGCGUCUAAGCUUGGAACUGGCGGUUGCCAAAUUCGCCAUUCCCCAUAUGGUAGAAGGACGAGACCGAGACGACGCAAGUUAUGCUCGUUAAUCUCUCAUGUCACUUGCUCAAACCUGCUUGCCGUCAAUUUGCUUUAUCCGCCAAAGGCUUCAACUCUUGGGCUUUACGUAUUCGAAAUGCUCCCUCCCUUCAUAAAGCACUUGCUAUCUACUCCCAGAUGCACCGCCAAUCUGUUCCCCACGAUAGUUUCUCCAUUCUAUUCAUGCUCAAAGCCUGCGCUCGUUCCAACAAUGUCUCCGUUCUCCACCAUCUUCAUGCUCAUAUUACUAAACUUGGUUUCACUGCUCAUGUCUUUGUCGCGACAUCUCUACUCUAUGCAUACGUCCUUCACUCCAUUCAACUUGCUUGCUUGGUGUUCGAUGAAAUGCCCCACAAAAGCACUGUUACCUGGAACACUAUGAUUUUGCGGUAUUCCAAGACAGGGGAUGUAGACGCAGCUCGCCAGCUGUUUGAUCAAAUGCCGUCAAGGGACUUGGCAUCUUGGUCCUCCAUGAUUACUGCCUACGUUAACAAUCGCAAUUACAGGGCUGGUUUGCUUAUUUUCCAAGAUAUGAUAGUUAAUGGUAUAAGUCCUGAUCAGAUCGCGAUAGGAUCAAUCUUAAAUGGGUGUGCUCAUAUGGGCUCUUUAGGAUUGUUGGCUGGAAAAUCAGUUCAUGGUUUUGUGGUCAAGAAUAGGUGGGAACUCAACCUGCAACUUGGUACAGUUUUGGUUGAUAUGUACGCCAAGUGUGGAUUUUUGAAGUAUGCUUGCCAGAUAUUUCAUUUUAUGUCUGAAAAGAAUGUUAGGACUUGGACUGCUCUGAUAUGUGGGAUGGCCCAGCAUGGCUACGGCAAGGAAGCAUUGCUUUUAUUUGAGACAAUGAGACGUGAAGGUGUGGAACCGAAUGAAUUGACUUUCACUGGGGUUUUAAGUGCAUGUGUUCAUGCAGGGUUUGUUGAAGAAGGCCGCAAAUACUUUAACAUGAUUGAAGAAUAUGGCUUAGAAAUAAGGAUUCAACAUUAUGGUUGCAUGGUUGAUCUGUUGGGCAGGUCGGGAUUGUUGGAGGAAGCUUAUGGGGUUAUUAAGAGUAUGCGACUCGAACCUAAUGUAAUUGUGUGGAGCUCUCUUUUGUCAGCCUGUAAGCAACAUAAAAGAUUUGACAUGGCCGAGAGAGUUAUUGAGCAGAUAUUGAAAAAAACAGAACCCGAGAAUCAUGGUGGAAUUUACUCUCUUAUAUCUGAUUUGUAUGUUCUGGAGGAGAAGUGGGAUGAUGCAGAAAAGAUAAGGAAUUUACUAAACCAAAAUGUGCGGAAGGUUAGGGCUUAUAGCCUUAUCAGAAGUGGAUUAUAGUUGGCUGUACUUGCACCAUUCUUCUUUUCGAAUUAGAAUGGUAAUUGAUAAUGGUCAGGUUUAUAAAUUAUUUUCGCUGGUGCUUUCUAAUCUGCUUCCUUGCAAAUUAUUCUGAGGAACAAUUGUAAAGGAAAUUAAUAGAUAAACAGGUCUUGUAUCUUAUUGUUUCCAUCCUUGACAUAGGAUGGUGACUCUUUGGGUUCACCUUUUUCAGAUUAAAUUUCCUAUUCAAGCUUCAUGAACUCUUACACCGUAAUAAAUAAACACUAGAUUUCAUCUCAAAAUCAAUUGAAAAUGAAUAGGCAUGUAUCUUAUUUUUUGUUUUUUGUGGGAUCCUCAAACAGAAAUAAAUGUUUAGUUUGCAACGCUGCAUAGAUUCUCAAAUGCCAGCCCUAGACAAUUUUACUUGGUCAAGAGAGCGUCUCCUUAUUUUGUGUGCGGACAUCAAAUACUACACAACCUCAGGGAUGAUUGUUGGCUGAUGGUUAGUGCUAUGUGGGCGCGCUUACUUUUCUGAUCAUGGCUUGAUCUGCUGCUCGCUUGCCCAUUCGAGAUUUUUGGUGGAACCAGAGCGGCCCCCACCCCACCAACACCACAUUGUCUGUUCUGUUUGAUCGAUCAUUUUUUCUAUAUAGCAUACAUUGGCUUGUUAUACUUGUAUUGUAUUUAUAUGGUCACUGGUUAAUUUGGCCAAAUGAUUUAAAUUUGAUGUCCCUCAAGAUCCCGAGCCAGGUUAAUAAGCUCA